AUGGCCGGGCAGGGGCGCGGGGGCUCCGGCUCCUUCCUGGCGCUCCUUCUGGGGCUGCUCCUGCUGGCGCUGCCCCGCGGCGGGGCGGGGGGGCCCCGGUCCCGAGUGGCCCCUUUGCGCUGCAACGUCAGCCUGGACAGCCCUCCCGAGCUCCGCUGGGGCCCGGCCGCCCGGCACUUCGAGCCGGUGUUCAUGCGCGCCGUGUUCAGUCNAAGGGAAAUGAUCCCCAAAUGGGUCCAUGCCAUUAUUCGACCUAUGGCGGAAGAAAUAGAAAAAUUCAUCUCCCAGCCUUAUGAAGGAGAAAUUCGGGGACUUUCCAAAUACUUCGGGAUUAGCGUUGGUGAUGUGCUCCUGCUGAAUCUGGCCUACGAAUUCACCGCCUUCUGCACCAGUAUUGUUGCUCAAGACAAACAAGGAAAUAUAUAUCACGGUCGGAAUAUGGAUUUUGCUUUUGGAGAGUAUUUACGCAAGAUUACAAUUGAUGUGGAUUUUAUCGAGAAUGGGCAGGUAAAAUUCAGAGGCACUACGUUCUUCGGCUACGUCGGUUUAUGGACGGGGCAAAGUCCACACAAGUUUUCCGUCACUGGGAAUGAGCGAGAUGUUGGCUACUGGUGGGAGAAUGCCAUAUCAGCCUUUUUGGGCCAAUACAGUCCAGCCAGCUGGCUUAUCAGAACUGUUCUAAGUGAAGCGGAAAACUUUGAAGCAGCUGCUCUGAUGCUCUCCAAGACACCCAUUAUAGCAGACGUUUAUUAUAUCAUCGGAGGCAUAGCACCCAGACAAGGAGUAAUCAUUACAAGAAAAAGAAGAGGCCCGGUAGAUAUUUGGCCCCUGGAACCAUUAACUGGGGCGUGGUACCGAGUGGAGACCAAUUAUGAUCACUGGACAAACCCACCGCCUUACGAUGAUCGAAGGACUCCAGCUAUUAAAGCACUAAAUGGGACAGGACAGGAACAUCUCAAUCUUAAUUCCCUCUUUAAGGUGUUAUCAACAGUACCUGUAUUAAACCCGUUCACCAUUUAUACCACUUUGAUGAGUAACGCAGAUCCAGACAAGUAUCAGACUUGGAUCAGGACACUGGAGUGAAAAUGUGAAAUGAAGGAAUGAAAAUCUUUGAAAACGCAAAAGCAGGAGCUACGUUUAUUAACUGCAUAGGCAAAAUAACAAACUGAUGUAUAUAUAGUAUUCUCUUCAGAACUACCAUCUUUAAAAGA